UCCCGCGGGCCACCAUUCACCAAUCCUAGCCGAGCUCCAGCUCGCGCCGCGCAUCCCAUCCAUAUUUGACAGCCACAUUCCCAUCCUCCCACACUCAUUCCCCCCCUUUGGUCAUUCUCAACCUUCCCAAUCGCUCCAGCCGUACCUACCUAGAAACGCGCGUUUGUUUGACGGCUUCAGUGUCGUCAAAUGAACCUGCAAUUGCGCAUUUACCCAUCUCUCCUUAAUCCUUCUUCGCCAGGCGUCUCCUAAAUGCCCUCCGUUUACUCGUCGGUCUUCCAGAGCUUCAUCCGACAAGGAUUUUCAAAGUCUUUCACCCACGGCUACGCCCAGUCGGUCGUUGCUGCCACCCAUCCUCAGCAUGUUCUAAACACACAGAACCGCCCGUCGUUUGCACGGCGGCGCACCAGCCCUCGCGUCGGCCGCCUCGCCACCUUCAACCUUCAGUCGGCUUUCCACACCGCCAGCGUCAACACCGCGAGCUCGUUAGAGCACUACCGCCCUGACAAGACUGCCGGCCAUGGCGGGCUAGAUGCCUAUUUCGAGCACCUGCAGAAGGCGCAGGCGAAUGGCGAGGAGGCCGACAAGGAGUGGGUCCAGUUCCAGUUUCCGAAGCGCAUUGAGUGGAAGCCCACGCCGGCGUCCGUCCUCGUCGGCCACGACGCGAAGACCCUCGCCCUCGAGAGCGAGGAGUCCCGUAAAGAUCAUGAGGACGACUCGACUGCCCCGGGCGUCCCGCCCGAGGCUAAGACCGCCUUGGCCCACAUCGAUGCCGCCAUCGAGAAGGAGAUCGAACUCCGGAAGCAGCUAGAAGCGUUGGAGGAGGAGGUCGAGUCACUGCGGACGACAUCGCCGGCUCUGGCGGAGCGGCUUGCCGAAGAAAUUCGGUCGCGCACGGUCACACCGUUCUCACGGGCGACAACGCCCGGCAGCGUCGCCCGCGUUCCCACAUCUCCCGUCGAUCCCCAAUCCCAAACAUACGCCGACCACUUAACCAAGCUUUCCGAGGCCGGCCGCUAUGCUGAGAUUCCCGCCGUCUUCGAGGCCAUGCUGGCCGGCGGUGUUCGCCCCAUUGCAACGGCUUACAAUGCGUUGCUCAUGGCCGCUAUCCACUUGCCCUCGGAGAAGUGGGAGAUCAUCACCAAGGCACUCGACGUCUACACGGACAUGUUGCGUCGGAAGGUCUCACCGGACAGUGACACUUACAACAUCCUUGUCGGCCUCCUCGCGUCCCGGUCGCUCGAGAUCGUGUCGCUCAAGCAGGUCCUGGAGGGCAAGCGGCUGCGUUUCGGUGGGAUGGAUGAGCCAGGCAAAUUCAUGUUUGGAUCUCACGAGCUUGAGUACGCCAUGUUGGUCGAGGACGACCGCCUGGACCUGGCCCUCAACCUGUUCGAGUCGUCGGUCACGUCCAACAAGGCGCUGUACUCGUCCGAGACCUACCGUCAGCUCAUCUCGGCUUGUGCCCAGGCGGGGCGUGUGUCGGACAUGCUACAGCUGUACGAGCACAUGGAGUCCAGCCGGACAACGCCGUUUGCCGCCAUUUUCCCCGCCAUGAUCACCUCGUUUGCCAACUGCGGUGACCUUAUCAGCGCUGUGGAGUGCUACAACGAGUACCGGAACCUGGCGAUUGCGAACGAUCAGGGCGAGAAAACCCUGAAGGAUCGCCUCGAUGCCCAGGUUUACGCUGCCGUGAUCAACGCGUACAUCGUCUCCGACAAGCUCGAAGGCGCCAUGAAGUUCUACCAGAAGAUCGUGCAGGAGUACGGGGUCAAGGUCUCCGAGAUCAAGGAUGCCAUCAUCGCCGGUGGCUUUGUCAAGGGCUUCAUCGACCGCGGCAUUUACCGGGAAGCUCUUCAGUGGGCCCAGAAGAUCGAGUCAAAGACAAGGAACUCGACCAUGAGCGAAGUCGCGACCGUUGCUGCUGAUCAUGGGGACAAGCAGACUGCCGUCGCAGCGUUCGCCAACGUGUCUGUUCCCAGUGCCUCGGCGGCCUCGGCGAUCGCUCUGCUUGCCAUGAGCGUUCGUGAGGGUGACGUCGCAAGCGCUGCGCGCUACUGGGAUGUCUUGUGCAGCCCGGAAGUCCAGCCGACGUCGUCCUUCAUUGAGCCUACGGCCAUGUACGCCGUCGCCCUGAUCGGCUCGGGGCAGGUUCUCGAAGGGUUGAGCCAAGCUGAGUACAUGUUUCAACGCAUCCGUGAUGGCGCCGUCGAUCGCAAGUCCCAGCUGGCCGACGAGAUUGAGGAGGGUGCCGAGUUCAUUUCGAGAUUCAUGGCUGCCCGCGGUAUCACGGAUCCUCGGAACGCUCCCGUGCCGGUCGCCGAAGUGCAACACUCGUUCCCAGCAUCGCCAUACAGCCCCUCCCCUGCGCCGUUCCACGUCGAAGACAGCUUCGACCCGUACGCCGCGACCUCCGACGUGAAGGGUUCAUUCUUCAUCACCGAGGAGCUUGAAGGCGGACAUGGCCGCAAGCAUCCGAGGCUCAACGAGGCUCUCGCCCGCUUCCGGAACAUGCGCCGGGCCGGCCGCCAUCCUCGCUACAUCACGUAUGCCAAGCUCAUCUCCGCUGCUGCCAAGGAGGGGAAGAUGGACCUCUGCAAGGAGAUACUCGCCAUGGCGCGUACCGAUGUGCCCCCGCUUCCCCAGUAUGCGGUGGUCCGCUACGGCUGGUCUUCGAUUCUGGACGCCAUGGUUGGCGCUUGUCUCACCCUGGGCCACAGAGCCCUGGCUGAGGAGUACCACCAGGAGUUGCUUGCCAUGGGUUCGACGCCGUCCGCCAACACCUAUGGUCUCUACAUUACCACGAUGAAAGAGUCCGCCAAGACUUUCGACGAGGCCUCCGAAGCUGUCAAGAUCUUCAUCCGGGCCAAGACCGAGGGCGUUGAGCCGACUUCCUUCCUGUACAAUGCGCUCAUCGGAAAGCUCGGCAAGGCGCGCCGCAUCGACGACUGCCUUUUCUACUUCGCCGAGAUGCGAGCGCUGGGAAUCAAGCCGACUUCGGUGACCUACGGGACAAUCGUCAACGCGCUCUGCCGAGUCAGCGACGAGAAGUUUGCCGAAGAGCUCUUUGACGAGAUGGAGUCCAUGCCGAACUACAAGGCACGCCCGGCUCCGUACAACAGCAUGAUGCAGUUCUUCCUGACGACCAAGCGCGACAAGACCAAGGUGCUGGAGUACUACGAACGCAUGAAGGCCAGAGGCAUCGCCCCGACCGCACACACCUUCAAGCUGCUCGUUGACACGCACGCUACCCUCGAGCCUGUCGACAUGAAGGCUGCCGAGGCCGUGCUGGACAUGAUCCGCGCCUCUAACCAGACACCUGAGGCGGUCCACUACGCGGCGCUGAUCCACGCCCGUGGCUGUGUCCUGCACGACAUGGAGGGCGCUCGCCGUGUGUUUGACUCGGUCAUGGAGGACCGCCUGGUUGCUCCCGACGCCUGCCUGUUCCAGGCCCUCUUCGAGGCGAUGGUCGCCAACCGCCAGGUUGCCGCCACCGAGUCUGUCCUUGCGCAGAUGCGUGACAAGCAUGUCGAGCUGACGCCCUACAUCGCCAACACGCUGAUCCACGGCUGGGCGGCCGAGGGCAACAUCGCCAAGGCCGAGGCCAUCUACGCUGCCGUGGGCCGCGAGAAGCGCGAGCCGAGCACGUACGAGGCCAUGACGCGGGCUUAUCUGGCCGUCCAGGACCGGGAGAAUGCCAAGGCUGUCGUCAGCGAGAUGCUCAGCCGCGGAUAUCCCAGUGCCGUGGUCAACAAGGUCCUCGAGCUCCUUGGCGGUGGUCAUGCUGCGGGAGCCGUGGCUGCUGCCUAGGCGGCUGUCACGGUGGCUCUUGACCUCAUCCGUUCUUUUGUCUGUCUCAUCUUUUGCCCGCUUGGAAUGAUACCCGUUGGUGAAAUGGUCGCUGGCUGGCUGGUUGGGUUGUGGU